CUCAGGCCACUGUCAGGCCAGUUGGUGACUGUUACUUGUAUAUAGCAAGUCGGUUCCGGUCACGGUCGGGUUUUAAGUCCACAACGUGAAACAAGUUGCCGAGUGUUAAUUUAAAGUGAUGAUGAACAAGUUGAGAAUCAUCCUCGCGGUCUGCAUCCUCGCUGGCCUGUUUCGGCAUGGCCAAUCCACCUGCGUUCUGGAAUCUGAUUUUGGAUUUGUCCUCAACUGUGCUUUUAAGAAAUCGGGGCUGUUCAGGGUUAGAAACCUCGGCGGUAUCAAAGCUCACGUCGGUCUUGGGUUUAGUUUAGGAGAUGAGUUGGGAUUCAAAGAUUCCCUUUCAAACGUCGAAGGAAAUCGCCGAAGAGCAGCCCAAGCUUCACCAUUCACAGUUCAAGCUACCAAGUUUACUCAAAACUCGAAUCAAUUAAGACGAUCUAACUUAAAUUCUUCCUCUCAAGAUGUAUCCAGAAGACAAAAUGAAGAUCAAAAUGUUCCUCCUUUCAAACCAAUUCCUCCAGCUCCGGAAAGACCACAAAUAAACCCACAAAUAAAUCGAAAAAAUGUGACAAUAUCUGAUAGGAUGUCAAAUAAUGGAAUCGAAAAUGAUGAUUUAUCGAAUGUUGAUAUGGCAAGCGAAAAUUUAGUUGAAACUCCAAAACCGCGACGUACAACAACAAUUUCACCUCCUAUUAUUAAAAAUAUGACCUCUGCGAAUAAGCCGAAUCAAAUCCGUAAACAUUCAACGACGGGAAAAGUUAUGAACGCACCUAGGGAAUAUUACCCGGUUGGUUAUGACAAAAAUUUUGAUGACAAUUUUUCUUCGAGGGUGGAUUUGCCUGAAACCUCGUUUCAUUGCGGCAAUCAAAAACAUUUUCCCGGUUUAUAUGCAGAUGAAGACCUCGGAUGUAUGGUGUUCCACGUUUGUGCAUUAACCGAUGAUGGAUUGAUAAUGAAGAGCUUUUUGUGCCCGGAAUCGACGCUUUUCGAUCAAACGAUACUGAAAUGUAAUUGGUGGUUUUACGUCGAUUGUAAAAAUUCGAAAAAACUCUACGACUCCAACAUUCCCAUUUCUAAAAGCUAUCAACUGAUGAAAGCGUUGACGUUCUUUUCGGCUUAUAAAAAAGAUACGGCAAAAAGUGAUGUCGAACGGUAAUGUUUAAAUUUGUCUUUACGAUUAUUUUCAAAUGCUACUUUAAAAUGAAUGAGUUUUAGUCAAAUCAAUAUAGUCGAACUUUUUUACACUAAUUUUUUUUUAAUAUAUGAAAGAGAAGUGUGCAUGGAAAUUUUGAAAUAAACGGAAUUUAUAGUCGAUGGUGAUUUGUGUAGAGCAUAAGUAAUUUAUUGAAUGACGAAUCUAGUAAUUGUAAUAUUAAUAAAAUUGUAACAUAAAAUAAAAUAAUUUUUGUUA